GACUUGGGAUGAACCAAAUGAUGAAAUAUGAGUAUUUUGUCUGUUUUCAACAUCUGAGAAAUUUUUCAAAUUAUCAACUUCAAAGAGUUCAAAUGGGCCAUCCUGAAGGAUGAAAUGAGGUGUGUGAUAAUAAAUAAGCAAAAGUUUUUAAAAAAAAAUCUUUAUGUUUUGAUUAUAUUAGGGUGGGUAACUUGUGGGGGCCAUGGCUACGUUACAUUAUGACAUGAUAAGAAGGAAAAUUGAAGUAGUAUACAGGAAAUACUUUACCCUUUGGAGGAAGAUGCUAGUGAGGUCACUGAGGGGAUAUCCUUACAGGUUUUUAUAAGAAUAGUUAUUGAGCAAUAGUUAGCCUUUCUUGAAGGAUUUUUCCACCUGAGAUAUGUAUAUGUACAUAAACAGCCAUGUGCAAAUGCCACAUGUAUUUCUACACCUUUCCUAUCUCUAUUUGUAUAUAUAAUUCAGAUCUCUCUUAACAACCAAAAAAUACUGCAGAAAAGUAUUUGUUUCUAAGUGGAGAAGGUAGAGGUUAAGGAGAGUCACACUGUUAAAGUAAAUGCCAAGUGGUAAUAUUUGUCAGUGCCCCCACAUCCCACCGUCCACAGCCAAAAAAAAAAAAAAAUAGAAAGACCAAAUGAAAUAGUCCCAGAUUGUUGACGGUAUUUUUGGAAACAAGAUCCUCUAAAUCACUGUUUAAAUCCCGUGUGUAGAGGCAAGCUCAAGAAGUUGCAUCUGACAAGGCCCGUGGCACAGCUGUGAGACCGAUGGUAGGAUUGCCGUGACCAAAGACCUAACAAGAAGCAGACACUGACCGGCAUUGUCUGUUGCAGCAUUUUGUCAUCUCCUUAUGGGAAUUUGUUCAUGCAGGGAAGGAUAAGAGAACAGCCUGGAAAGUUUCCUGAGAUGACCUGACCUGGCUUAGGGACCCAGUAUGCCGGAGCAUCUCAUGCUGCUGUUGUUGGAAAUGACUGUUUAUAGAACUGUUUACUUGGUGGCAUGUUAUUCAGUGGCUCUUGCAACCGUUCAUUAUUUCCUUGAGUUGCUAUAAAUAACUGGUAUUUCCUCUUUAACAAAAAAAGAAAAAAUUUCAUCCCACUGGGAAGCAAAUUGAUGGGCAAAUCUAAUAUAAAAAACAUAUUUUAGAACAGAAUGUAGCCAGCUGCUAGAAGAAUUGCUCAGCUUGGUCUCUGGGCAGUAUCAUUGAGAAAUGGAAAAAUAUAAAGCAACAUGACACUUCACCGGCUGAGUAAUUGUCUGGGAUGUGCUGUGCUCAUGCAGCUCUUGUUUGGCUUUAAUGAUGGAAAUGAACUUUCUGUGGAAUGAGGCUCGCUUCUGUCCGUUUCCCGCACCGUGUUAGAGUAGCAAGGUCCACACUGUCAGGGGAUCAGACCUCCCAGACGUAAGGCUGAAGUGUCGAGGACUGCAAGAGGUUUUUGAAUGCACCUCCUUCUUUUUCCUUUCUCCUUUUUCUUCUUUGACUUCUUAAUCUUCCAAAUUAGAUGGAGAAGGGAGAGAUGUGUAUAUUUCUCAAACAGCUGAAAGCAACUUUACAACUCAAUGGAAGUUUUUACAUUGGCCAACACACAGUCAUUGUUUUGUUUUUCUUUGUUAUUUUCAGAAUUUUGACUUGUCAGUUAAGUCUCAAUGGUGGCUCUAAUGAAAACUUGAGCUGAAUUCUUCAAUGAGAAAAUGUAUGUGAACAUUUCUGAUCCCGGUGUUGUACUGACAUUCUGCUAGCAUGAUUUUUUUUCUUUCCAUUUUCUAGACUUGUCCUUCUGAGUUCAUUUGUGUUCUGAUAGGGGUCAGGGCGGGCGAGGCGCGUGCUUAUACCAGCAGGACCAAGUUCAUCAGCAUAGUGUCUGCCUGUCUGCUGAAUGAAUUAUAUGUGGUCCUGACACUGACAGGAAUGUACACAAAACUCUUCCUGAGGAUCACAGAAUGUCAUCAAUGCCAAACACUUUCUGGAAUGAGAAAAUCAUGAAAACAGAAAUGCUCCCUUUGGUCUGGCUGUUGCACUGGCAGUUGAUGUCUCCUGGUGUAAGGAGAUCUACCCUCGUGCUUUCGAGCUGUCAAGAAGUCCUCUGGACCCUCCUUGUUGCUCACGGUCCAUCAUUCAGCACUUUAUUUCUUAGGGUAUCCAAUUUCCAAAGAAGAAAAGUCACUUUCUGUGAAACUCCAUUACUGCCACCUACAAACCAAAUAACUGCAGAAAGUUCCCUCGUCUGGUCUCUGAGCCCCUGAGAGAGGGAGCAGCAAAAAUAUUUCAAUCAGUGCUCUCCAAUAGAAAUAUCAUACGAGCCACAAAUGUAAUUUUAACUUUUCUAGUAGCCACUUAAAAAACGUAGGAAGAUGAAAUUCACUUUAACAAUAUAUUUUAUUUAAACCAAUACAUCCGAAAUAUUAUCAUUUCAAUAGGUAACCCUUAUAGAAAAUUCUGACUGAGUUAUUUGACACUAUUUCAACCUAAGUCUUUGAAAACUGCUUAGUAUUGUGCAUUUACAGCACACCUCUUUUCAGCCAAGUCACAUUUCAAGUGCUCAGUUGCCACAUGUGGCAGUGGUUGGACAGCCCAGCUCUGAACGUCUUAACAGACUCUGUGCAAAGCAGGGCCCAAGCCAUUGCUGACACUCAGGAAGGACUGAGUUUCCAUCCACUAGACAUUUUGGAGGAAAGCUGGCUGAUGUGUCAGGAAUGUUGUGGGAGGUCAGGCUGUGUCCCCCACCCCCUCCCUGAAAGUCAGUUCUUACUCUGAGUUUAUGAUUCUUUCUAGGCAAAAUUGUCUUUACUUUCUUCAUUGUCUCCCUACCCUAUCUUCCCCACCUGUACCCUGUUCCCUGGAGACUUGUUCUCAUAUAUCAACUGGUCAAACUGUCACUCUUUGUUAGGGAACCCCUAAUUAAUACCUUCCAGUGCAUUCACUUUUAGUAUAAGCAAGAUCUUUGAAGUUCCUAACCCUGAAAGAAAUUAAGUAAAAAUGGUGGGGUGAUAGGGGAAGAGAAGGGUUGAGAUGUAGAGGCUAGAGACUCACUGAAAACAAUUAGCAGAGCCUGUGUUUCAAAUGGCUGCCAGCAGUAGUAGCUUUGAUAGACAUAUCAAGAUUUAUUCAUUUAUUUAAAGAGUAUCAUCCAGAGUAAGUCUCCUUUUCCUUUGGUCUUUAGGCAGUAGUUGAGGUAAGUCAAAUUUCUAUUUGGUCAAAGUUGACUGUAUAAUGCUUUAUAAGGCUGCAGUGAGAAAUAUGUUAUAGAUAUGUAAUAUAAGCAUUAUUAUUCUUUACCACUUACUGAUAGAGACAUGUACAUCAACAGAUGGAAUUUCUUGAGAUAAGCCUUCUUUUGGAGAAACCAGGUGGGAGUAAAUAUGAUAUGAUUUGAUCUUACUUAAAAAUAUAUCCUAAAUCUAACCAAAGCUCACCACCCCCCAGUCCAAGUCAUGGGCCUCUGCAUCAUAUAGGUGCAACCACUCAGCUCAGAGCAGAACCUCCUGACCGUGGAGGGGAUAGUGGCCUUUCAAACGAUGGAUGCCACAGUGACUGAAGAGAGAUGGAGGUUGUGGUUCUACCAUGUCACGCUGACAUUGGAUCCCAGCCCCAGGUCAGACUGGGGCAGGGGCUGGUGCCUCACAAAUUAUGAAGCUUACAGGCCCCACUGUCCAAGGGUGUAGGACUUGCCCCCACUGGCCCUAUCAGAUCUUCAUGCUUUGGCUUAGAGUGUGAUGAGCAGCGGGGAGCCACAGCCUAUCCCUGCUCCUGUCUCUGUGCAACACUGUUCUGGUAAGCCUGUCAUUGGUGCUAUUGGAUCAUUUGCGCUUGCUUGCUUAAAUAGUCAUAAACAAAAAUUAGAAAGCUACUGCCCCCCAAAAAGCUAAACAUCUCAUAGUAUUCCCCUAAAAUAAAGCAAAAUAAAAACGAGAACAGACAGAAAUUAGAGAAAACAUUGAGGGGUUUUACUGAAGUGUACUCUGUGAGAAAUCCAAAGGUAACUUUUCAACCCACCCAUAAAUUUUCCCUGUCUGUGGUCUGCUUCGAUGUCCAGUUACCUGUGAAUCUUAUCCCCAUCUCUUGCGCCCCUUGCAGGCGUCAUGGAAUGAUAGAAGCUUGGGUGUGGGUGGCAUCUUGUAUUAGUUUCCUAUGGCUACUGUAACAAAUCACCACAAAUGAGAUAGCUCAAAACAACAUAAAUGUAUUAUCUUAUAGUUCUGGAAGUGAGAAAUUUGCACAGAUCUCCCUGGGUUAAAAUCAAGCUAUUGGAGGGCUGCAUUUCUUCUGAUGGCCCUAAGGGAGAAUCCAUUUCCCUGCCUUUUCCAGCUUAUGGAGACUGCCUACACUCCUUGGCUCGUGGCCCCACAUAUUCCAACCUCUACUUCACUCAUCACAUCAACGUCUCUGACCCUUCUCCUCCCUCUUGUUAAGGACUCUUGUAAUUAUGUUGAGCCCACCCUGAUAAUUCAAGAAAAUCUCCCCAUCUCAAGAUAUUUAACUUAAUCAUAUCUGCAAAGGCUCUUUUGUCAUGUAAAGUAACAUAUUUACAGGUUCCUAGGAUUAGGACCUGAACAUCUUUGUUGCGGGGGGAAGGUAAGGAGGUGUCAUUAUUCUGCCUGCCACCACAUAAAGGGCCCUCUAGCCCAGUCAUGUGUCCAGUGCGUGAGUUUCUUCCUCAAGUCCCUGGUGGUAGUUUUCUGGCUCAUACUUGGAUAUUUAUGACCAAGAACACAUCAUCAGGUCAUCUCUCAAAGUGACCUCUUUCAUUUUGGACUGGUGUCCCUCUACCUUCUAUCUAUUGGGUUGAGUUUUUCUGUUUGGAACCUCAACAUUUUAAAAUUCAGUUAACUCUCUUAUCUCCAUUAUCCCUCCUCUGAUGAGUUCUGAGUCCUUUCUCCAUAUUGUUUAUGGUCUGGAUGAUAUUGUUUCUAUCUGUUUCUGUCCUGUCAAGAUGGUCCCUAAAACUGAAAUCAGUACUUCCAGACUGGUCCGACCAAUGUGAAAUAGAGUAGAACUAAUACAUUCUUCAUUACUGAAGGCACUGGUCUUCUGAUAACAAAGGCUAAAUUGCACUAGCUUAUUUGAUGGCCUUUCUCACCCUGUUGAAUUACAUUUUUUCAUACUGAAAAAAUAUGAUUUUAUUUUAACAUAUAUUGUUAAUAUGUUGGACACAUUUCUUAAUUUCUACACUUCAGUUUCCUCAUCUGUAAGAUGGAAAUGAUAAGGUCUUCUCAUAAAGUUGAUGUGAAGAUGAGAUGUUUUACUUGUAGCACUUGGCAAAGUACCUAACUACUAUACUACUGUCAUCUGUUACUACUGUCAUCGUCAUCGUCAUCAUCUAAGUUCACAAAAAACCCGUAGUCUUUUGCACAUGUUGAUUUGUUUUUAACUGAAGGACAAGAAAUUUUCUUUUCUAGUUCCAUAAAUAUUAACAAAUAUACAGCACAGAUAAGGCACUGGGCUAGCCCCUGCGGCUGGGUGCAAUGGUUUACUUGAUGUGUUGAGCAUGCACUCUGUGCCUUGAUCCAAAGCAUUCAGAGGAUAGAAGCAAGGAUCAAGGUGUUCAGCUACUAAUGGAGACCUUUUGCCUGUUAAAGUCAAGCCAGUUAAGGUCAAGCCAUAAGUUGACCCCAUUUGGCUGCAGUCACUUAACUCUUGAAUUUGUUCCUAGUGUUGUGGCCUUAUGUUUAUCUCAUCUACAGUAAUAUUUUGAGAAGCCUUCACGUGUGUAAAGGCUUCCCAGCCAGUGGGUCUGCUUAACCAGAGCAAAGUGUCGUGCACAUCAAAUUUGCAGGGUAGUACGUUUGAGAAGUGAAAGGUGUUAAUAAACAUUGUCGGGAAAGUAGCUUUUCACACUGGUGCUAUGGAUCCAUUUCAUACUCACUUUAUGGUUUCUCUCUUAAUUACCCAAGAUGCUUUCUUAACACCUUUGGGCUUAUUAGUUUUCUCCAGAACCCACCUCAAGUGUAUUGAUUUUAAUUAGCACUUGUUUCAACUUUAUCCUUCUGCAUAUUUUGGCAAAACAUGGCACCUUGUAGUUUUGGAACACAGAAAACUGCAAAAUUCCUGGAGAGACAUAUGUAGAAUGUCAUCCAGAAGAAAUGUUCUUCUUGUCAUGUGUUCUCUUUUCAAAGAAAUCUUAUUUUUGUCUAAUAGGUUUGCAAAAGACAAAGGGGUUACAGAGAUAGUGAUGGUUAAGGAACAGAAAGUUAACAUAGAUGUGUAAGGUGUUCUAAUUUAUGAAUGUGUUAUAUUCCAGAAGUUCUUUUGUAAGUCAUAGAAACAGCAUAACAUAACAAAGUGGUCUUGUUGCUCCUACCACCUCUCCAUCCCUACCCCAUUUUAAUAACACCAAAACUUGAGGCCCAGAGGUUUAUAUUACUCGGUCUAGACUAAUAUCACAUGGAGUAGACAGUAGCUAAGAAAGACUUGAAUCCAGAUCUUAUUAUUCCAAUCUUCCUGUGACCCUACAUCCUUCAGGCCUAUUUGAAUUCAGAAUCUCUUCUGAAUUCAGGAGAGAUAGAAGACUCCAACUAAGUUAUAAGCUAAACAGGCUCUAAGGAUUGGCUUAGUAGGCUAAUGCCAUUUUUAACCUUGCUCCUUUGUCAAAACACUCAGAUCUCUCAUCUUCUCAGUGGGGCUUCUCUCAUAUAACACCCCAUGCCCCUGGUCAACAUUCUUUAUCCCCCUUCUGUGUCUUACUUUUAUUCACAGCACUUAUUGUUCAACUUGCUAUAUAUUUUAGUUCUAUAUUCAAGACCGCCCAUGACUAGAACUGAAACUCUGUGGAGAAGGGAUUUUUGCUUUGUUCACUGCUGACUCUACGGGGCCUAGAAUAAUCUCCAGCACAUAGUAGGUGCUCAAGAUAUAUUUGCUGAAUGAAUACAUGGAGGAAGAAUUUCAUGGUGCUGCCAGUACGUUACUCUUCCCCCACCCCUAUCCUUCUUUGGUCCUAGCCUGCAGACAGGAAACAGGUUGCCUUGGAAACCUCCCUCAUCCUUUCUUGCCUUUGCUGAAGUCACAGUUGCCCUGUCCUUCCAGCAGAUGAAAGUGGAAGUCCCCCUCCCAAGAAAUAUUUACUCUUCGUUUUGCAGGACAGUUAGUCCCCAUGUGGUUUGGACAAGCUAAUUACUCAUGAUGGGAAAUUUCUAAGGUGAAAUGAGGAAUGACUUAUACAUCACUAUAGAAAGAGGAGAAUUUGAAAAAGGAGGGAAGAGCGUGGCUAGAAAUGUGGAAGUUACAAUGUUCAUUGUAGAGAGUGGUGGGCAGACCUUGAAGGAUUAUAUCUCCUUCGGCUCUGGAGAGCCACCAGCUAGUGAGUACCACUCCUUUGUGCUUUAUCAUAACAACAGUCCCAGGUGGUCCGAACUGCUGAAACUUCCCAUUCCUGUGGAUAAAUUCAGGGGUGCGCAUAUCCGCUUUGAGUUUCGGCAUUGUUCCACAAAAGAGAAAGGAGAGAAGAAGUUGUUUGGUUUCUCUUUCGUCCCCCUGAUGCAGGAAGAUGGUAGGACUCUUCCAGAUGGCACUCAUGAGCUCAUUGUGCAUAAGUGUGAAGAAAACACAAAUCUUCAGGAUACUACCCGCUACCUCAAACUUCCCUUUUCUAAGGGCAUUCUCCUUGGGAAUAGUAAUCAAACCAUGAAGGCUACAAAGGAAUCUUUUUGGAUAACAUCUUUCCUGUGUUCCACGAAACUCACACAAAAUGGUGAUAUGCUUGAUCUUUUGAAAUGGAGAACCCACCCAGACAAGAUCACAGGCUGUCUCUCUAAGUUAAAAGAAAUCGAUGGCUCAGAAAUAGUAAAGUUUCUGCAAGAUACACUGGAUACCUUAUUUGGAAUUUUAGAUGAAAACUCCCAAAAAUAUGGGUCUAAAGUGUUUGAUUCUUUGGUUCACAUAAUAAAUUUGCUGCAAGAUAGCAAAUUUCAUCAUUUUAAACCUGUAAUGGACACUUACAUUGAGAGCCAUUUUGCUGGGGCACUUGCAUACAGAGAUCUCAUCAAAGUGCUCAAGUGGUAUGUGGACAGGAUAACAGAAGCUGAGCGGCAAGAGCACAUCCAGGAGGUGCUGAAGGCACAAGAAUAUAUUUUUAAGUAUAUAGUGCAGUCUCGAAGGCUGUUUUCCCUCGCCACUGGUGGGCAAAACGAAGAGGAAUUCCGCUGCUGCAUUCAGGAGCUCCUUAUGUCCGUCCGCUUCUUUCUCUCUCAAGAGAGCAAAGGGUCUGGAGCGUUAUCUCAGUCACAGGCUGUGUUUCUGAGCUCCUUCCCAGCCGUAUACUCAGAGCUGUUGAAGCUCUUUGAUGUCCGGGAAGUGGCCAACUUGGUACAGGACACCCUGGGCAGUCUGCCGACCAUCGUGCACGUGGACGACUCCUUGCAGGCCGUUAAACUGCAGUGCAUCGGCAAAACUGUGGAAAGCCAGCUCUAUACCAACCCAGAUUCCAGGUACAUUCUCCUGCCUGUCGUGUUACAUCACCUCCACAUGCACUUGCAAGAACAGAAGGACCUGAUCGUGUGCGCGCGUAUCCUUAGCAACGUAUUCUGUCUCAUCAAGAAAAAUAGUUCAGAAAAAUCAGUAUUGGAGGAAAUAGAUGUGAUAGUGGCCAGCCUGCUGGACAUCCUGCUGAGAACCAUAUUGGAGAUCACCAGUCGACCUCAGCCAUCUGGCUCCUCAAUGCGGCUCCAGUUCCAGGAUGUCACUGGGGAGUUUGUUGCUUGUCUCCUGUCCCUAUUACGACAAAUGACAGAUAGACAUUAUCAACAGCUUCUUGAUAGUUUCAAUACAAAAGAAGAACUAAGGGAUUUCCUGCUGCAGAUAUUUACUGUGUUCCGAAUAUUGAUACGCCCAGAGAUGUUUCCAAAGGACUGGACUGUUAUGCGCUUGGUGGCUAACAACGUAAUUAUUACAACAGUUCUAUACCUAUCAGAUGCACUUCGCAAGAACUUCUUAAAUGAAAACUUUGAUUAUAAGAUCUGGGAUUCCUACUUUUACCUUGCAGUCAUUUUUAUAAACCAGUUGUGUCUGCAAUUAGAGAUGUUCACACCUUCCAAAAAGAAAAAGGUGUUAGAAAAGUAUGGUGACAUGCGGGUAACAAUGGGUUGUGAAAUUUUCAGCAUGUGGCAAAACCUAGGAGAACACAAGCUUCACUUCAUCCCUGCCCUGAUUGGUCCCUUCCUAGAAGUGACCUUGAUACCCCAGCCGGAUCUCCGGAAUGUCAUGAUUCCUAUUUUUCAUGAUAUGAUGGACUGGGAGCAGAGGCGGAGCGGAAAUUUUAAACAGGUGGAAGCCAAGCUAAUUGACAAACUGGAUAGCCUGAUGUCAGAAGGCAAAGGUGAUGAAACAUACCGCGAGCUCUUCAACAGUAUAAUUCCACUAUUUGGUCCCUAUCCUAGUCUACUGAAGAAAAUUGAGCGGGAAACAUGGAGGGAAAGUGGCGUUUCAUUAAUUGCCACUGUAACUCGACUAAUGGAGAGAUUGUUAGAUUACAGGGACUGCAUGAAAAUGGGAGAGGUAGAUGGCAAAAAGAUUGGCUGCACAGUUAGCCUCCUGAACUUCUACAAGACUGAAUUGAACAAGGAAGAGAUGUAUAUACGCUACAUCCACAAACUGUACGAUCUACACCUCAAAGCACAGAACUUCACAGAGGCUGCAUAUACUCUCCUGUUAUACGAUGAGCUGCUGGAAUGGUCUGAUCGGCCCCUCCGGGAGUUCCUGACCUACCCCAUGCAAACAGAAUGGCAGCGCAAAGAGCACCUGCACCUCGCCAUCAUCCAGAACUUUGACAGAGGCAAAUGUUGGGAGAAUGGCAUCAUCUUGUGCCGGAAGAUAGCAGAGCAGUACGAGAGUUAUUAUGACUACAGAAACCUGAGCAAGAUGAGGAUGAUGGAAGCCUCUUUGUAUGACAAAAUUAUGGACCAGCAACGUCUUGAACCAGAGUUCUUUAGAGUUGGAUUUUAUGGAAAAAAAUUUCCAUUUUUCUUAAGAAAUAAGGAGUUUGUGUGCCGAGGGCAUGACUAUGAGAGACUGGAGGCCUUCCAACAGAGAAUGCUGAACGAGUUCCCCCACGCCAUCGCCAUGCAACAUGCCAACCAGCCCGAUGAGACCAUCUUCCAGGCGGAAGCUCAGUAUUUGCAGAUCUAUGCUGUGACUCCCAUUCCGGAGAGCCAGGAGGUGCUGCAGAGAGAGGGUGUUCCAGACAACAUCAAAAGUUUCUAUAAAGUGAAUCAUAUCUGGAAAUUCCGUUAUGACAGACCAUUUCACAAAGGCACUAAAGAUAAAGAGAAUGAAUUCAAGAGUCUCUGGGUGGAGAGAACGUCAUUAUACUUGGUGCAGAGUUUGCCUGGAAUUUCCCGCUGGUUUGAAGUGGAGAAGCGUGAAGUGGUAGAGAUGAGUCCUCUGGAAAAUGCAAUCGAAGUGCUGGAAAAUAAAAAUCAGCAGCUGAAGACUCUGAUUAGUCAGUGUCAGACAAGACAGAUGCAGAAUAUUAAUCCCCUGACCAUGUGCCUGAAUGGAGUUAUAGAUGCUGCAGUUAAUGGUGGAGUUUCCAGGUAUCAGGAGGCAUUCUUUGUCAAAGAAUAUAUCUUAAGCCACCCUGAAGAUGGAGAGAAGAUUGCACGGUUAAGAGAGCUGAUGCUUGAGCAGGCACAGAUUUUGGAAUUUGGUUUGGCCGUGCAUGAGAAGUUUGUGCCUCAAGAUAUGAGGCCCCUUCACAAAAAGCUGGUCGACCAGUUCUUUGUGAUGAAGUCGAGCUUGGGGAUACAGGAGUUCUCUGCUUGUAUACAAGCCAGUCCAGUCCAUUUUCCUAAUGGAAGCCCUCGCGUGUGUAGAAACUCAGCACCUGCCUCUAUGAGCCCAGAUGGUACCAGGGUAAUUCCUAGACGCAGCCCAUUAAGUUACCCAGCUGUCAACCGAUACUCUUCCUCCUCACUGUCCUCACAAGCUUCUGCUGAAGUAAGCAAUAUUACAGGGCAAUCAGAAAGCUCUGAUGAAGUCUUUAACAUGCAGCCAAGUCCAUCUACCUCAAGCUUGAGCUCUACUCACUCAGCUUCGCCUAAUGUGACAAGUUCUGCUCCAUCGAGUGCCAGAGCUUCUCCUUUGUUGUCUGACAAACACAAACAUUCCAGAGAAAACUCUUGCCUGUCCCCAAGAGAGAGACCAUGCAGUGCCAUCUAUCCAACACCUGUGGAGCCUUCUCAGAGGCUGCUGUUUAACCACAUUGGAGACGGGGCCUUGCCACGCAGCGACCCAAAUCUUUCUGCGCCUGAGAAAGCUGUGAAUCCCACCCCUAGCAGCUGGAGCCUGGACAGUGGGAAAGAAGCCAAGAACAUGUCGGAUAGUGGGAAGCUUAUCUCUCCCCCUGUCCCUCCAAGACCCACACAGACUGCUUCACCAGCAAGACCCACGACACCAGUAUCCCCCUCACCUGCCGGGCGAUCUCCAUUGAAGGGCUCUGUGCAAUCCUUCACCCCAUCUCCCGUGGAGUAUCACUCCCCAGGACUGAGCUCCAACUCCCCGGUCUUGUCGGGCAGCUACAGCAGUGGGAUUUCUUCUCUCAGCCGGUGUAGCACGUCGGAAACCUCAGGCUUUGAAAAUCAGGUGAAUGACCCGUCGGCGCCAGGGCCGGGGCCGGGGCCGUGCUACAGCGGGCCGGAGGAGCCGGUGCGCAAGGAGAGCAAGACGCCGCCACCCUACAGCGUCUACGAGCGGACUCUGCGGCGCCCGGUCCCGCUACCUCACAGCCUGUCCAUUCCCGUCCCCCCCACUGCCGAGCCGCCCGCCUUGCCCCCCAAGCCGCUGGCGGCGCGAUCGAGCCACCUGGAGAAUGGGACCCGGAGGACUGACCCCGCGCCGCGGCCCAGGCCCCUGCCACGGAAGGUCUCGCAGUUAUGA